CCCGCCCCUCUUGCGGAUGACGCAGCAGCGCGUCCUCCUCCCUCUCUCGCUCUCCCAGCCCGCAGAGGAGCGGCGGCGCUGCCUUUAUACACCUGAUUCAAAACAAAAAAGAAAAAACGCAAAGCACGACGACAGAGACUUAUAUUUGUGAGUUCUUUAAAAAAGAAAAAACAACAAACACGUUAUCUCGCCCGCGGGAGUUGCCAGACAGAAGACGGAUCUUGGUGGAACGAGAGACUGCAGACGAAGGAGGGCGGGACGCUGGGUCUUUCUUUUCUAGAGAGAAGGGUGUUAAACGCAGAGAGGGCGUUAUCAACGCGGUUUCAGAAGCAUGCACCACUUAAGGACUUGUGCAGCGAGGCUGAGGCCCCUGGCGGCCUCCCGGACUGUUCAGAAUCAUUCACACAAACGGCCGGCCGCGCCCAGGACGUUUCAGCCAAUCAGGUGCUUCUCCGCACCGGUCGCGGCCGAGCCGUUUCUCAGCGGGACGAGUUCGAACUAUGUGGAGGAGAUGUAUUUUGCCUGGCUGGAAAACCCCAAAAGUGUACAUAAGUCAUGGGAUGUUUUCUUCCGCAAUGCGAAUGCAGGCGCCCCUCCAGGCAUGGCCUACCAGAGCCCUCCCCCUCUGGGCGUGAGUCUGCCCAGCCUGGCGUCGGCACAGUCCCUGGUCUCGGCCCAGCCCAACGUGGAGAAGCUGGUGGAGGAUCAUCUGGCUGUGCAGUCGCUCAUCAGGGCUUAUCAGAUUCGCGGGCACCACGUAGCUCAGCUGGAUCCUCUGGGAAUCAUGGACGCCGAUCUGGACUCGUUUGUCCCUGCAGAUAUAAUCACGUCCUCUGACAAACUCGGGUUCUACGGGCUGGACGAGUCAGAUUUGGACAAAGUGUUUCGUCUGCCGACCACCACGUUUAUCGGGGGCAGCGAGAGCGCCCUGCCUCUGAGGGAGAUCAUCCGCAGGCUGGAGAUGGCGUACUGCCAGCACAUCGGCGUGGAGUUCAUGUUCAUCAAUGACCUGGAGCAGUGCCAGUGGAUCCGGGAGAAGUUCGAGAAGCCCGGGGUGAUGCAGUUCACUCUGGAUGAGAAGCGGACCCUGCUGGCCAGAAUGGUCCGCGCCACCAGGUUCGAGGAGUUCCUGCAGAGGAAGUGGUCAUCGGAGAAGCGUUUUGGUCUGGAGGGUUGUGAGUCCCUCAUCCCGGCGCUGAAGACCAUCAUCGACAGGUCCAGCGCGAACGGAGUGGACAAUGUGAUCAUGGGCAUGCCGCACAGGGGUCGUCUCAAUGUUCUCGCCAACGUGAUCAGGAAGGAGCUGGAGCAGAUCUUCUGCCAGUUUGACUCCAAACUCGAGGCUGCGGACGAGGGCUCCGGCGAUGUGAAGUACCACCUGGGGAUGUACCACCGCAGGAUAAACCGCGUGACGGAUCGUGACAUCACGCUGUCGCUCAUGGCAAACCCCUCCCACCUGGAGGCCGUGGACCCCGUGGUGCAGGGCAAGACCAAGGCAGAGCAGUUCUACUGCGGGGACACGGACGGCAAGAGGGUGAUGUCUAUUCUUCUGCACGGCGACGCUGCUUUUGCUGGCCAGGGCAUCGUGUACGAGACGUUCCACCUGAGCGACCUGCCCUCCUACACGACCCACGGCACCAUACACGUGGUCGUCAACAACCAGAUUGGCUUCACCACGGACCCCCGAAUGGCUCGCUCGUCUCCCUACCCCACGGACGUGGCCCGCGUGGUCAACGCGCCCAUCUUCCAUGUGAACGCAGACGACCCCGAGGCCGUGAUGUACGUGUGCAACGUGGCCGCGGAGUGGAGGGCCACGUUUCACAAGGACGUGGUCGUGGAUCUGGUGGGAUACAGACGCAACGGCCACAAUGAGAUGGACGAGCCCAUGUUCACCCAGCCCCUGAUGUACAAGCAGAUCAAGAAGCAGAAACCAGUGCUGCAGAAAUACGCAGAGAGACUGACGUCAGAGGGAGCUGUGACCCAGCAAGAGUACGAGGAAGAGAUUUCCAAGUAUGAUAAGAUCUGCGAGGAGGCGUACGAGAGAUCCAAGGAUGAGAAGAUCAUGCACAUCAAGCACUGGCUGGACUCUCCCUGGCCCGGUUUUUUCACCCUGGACGGCCAGCCCAAGAGCAUGAACUGCCCCCACACAGGGCUGAGUGAGGAGGAGCUGACUCACAUCGGAGAAGUGGCCAGCUCUGUGCCUGUGGAGGACUUCACCAUUCACGGAGGUCUGAAGCGGAUCCUGAAGACCCGCGGGGACAUGAUAAAGUCCCGCACGGUGGACUGGGCGCUGGGGGAGUACAUGGCUUUCGGAUCCCUGCUGAAGGAGGGGAUCAACGUGCGGCUCAGUGGGCAGGACGUGGAGAGAGGCACCUUCAGCCAUCGUCACCAUGUGCUGCAUGAUCAGAAUGUGGAUAAGAGGACCUGCAUCCCCAUGAACCAUCUCUGGCCCAACCAGGCCCAAUACACUGUGUGCAACAGCUCCCUGUCUGAGUACGGGGUCCUGGGGUUCGAGCUGGGCUUCGCCAUGGCCAGUCCCAAUGCGCUGGUUCUGUGGGAAGCUCAGUUUGGGGAUUUUCACAACACAGCCCAGGGAAUCAUCGACCAGUUCAUCUGCCCAGGCCAGGCCAAGUGGGUCCGGCAGAAUGGCAUCGUGCUGCUCCUGCCCCACGGCAUGGAGGGAAUGGGCCCCGAACACUCCUCAGCUCGGCCGGAGCGGUUCCUGCAGAUGUGCAAUGAUGAUUCGGACAUGUUCCCGAAAAUCACAGGUGAUUUUGCAGUGCGCCAGCUGUACGACUGUAACUGGAUCGUGGUGAAUUGCUCGACCCCAGCCAACUACUUCCACGUGCUGAGACGACAGAUCCUGCAGCCCUUCAGGAAGCCGCUCAUCAUCUUCACACCCAAGUCUCUGCUUCGUCACCCUGAAGCCAAGUCCAGCUUCGACGACAUGACCUUAGGGACGGACUUCCUGCGGUUGAUCCCGGAUGUCAGCGCAGCGUCUCGGAGCACGGCCGCGGUGAAGAGGCUUGUGUUCUGCACCGGGAAGGUUUACUAUGAGCUGAACCGCGAGCGAACGAUGCGGGGCAUGGAGGCUGACGUCGCCAUCGCCAGGAUCGAGCAGCUGUCUCCCUUCCCCUUUGAUCUGGUGAAGGCGGAGGUUGAGCGCUUCCCCAAUGCAGAGCUGGUGUGGUGCCAGGAGGAGCACAAGAACCAGGGAUACUACGACUAUGUGAAGCCGCGCAUCCGGACCACCAUCAACCGCGAGCGGCCCGUCUGGUAUGCCGGUCGUGACCCCGCCGCAGCCCCUGCCACUGGUAACAAACACACUCACCUGCAGGAGCUGAAGCGCUUUCUGGACACGACCUUCAACCUGGAGGCCUUCAAGGGGCUCUCCUAGAGGGGUCCCCCAUCCCCCCACACUGUCCACACUCAGUCUUCAACAUGGGGGGCCUUCGAGGGUCCCCCCCCCUUCCCCCCCACACACACUCUGCAAACUCACCUCCACUACUCCUGUCAGCCUGUCCAUCCGCCCAGAAAAAAUUAAACUGCAAACGAAGUCUAGGGUGUGGUUUCAAGCUCAUGGCGCUUCAGUUUUGUCCUCCUCGACAGUGUCUGACUCCUGGAGCCUAAGGGACGCCAGCACUGUAGUCUGUGCAUGCUACUGCCAUCUUACAUCCUGCUCCUGAAUCAUCUGUAUUAUUAUUAUUAUUAAUUAUUAUUAUUAUUGAUAUUAUUAUUUUGUUUGCUUUUUUUCAAAAACAAAAUAUAUAUUACAAAGGGAUAGAAUAAAUAAACACACACACGAAACAAACCCAAAGAAAACAUGACAGGUGGAUAAGACUUUUUCGCAAAUCAAUCAGUCAUAAAAAAUCAACCAAUGCAGAAUUAAUAAUAAUACAUAAAAAAAAACAAAAAACAAAAAAAACACUGAAGCAGAAAUCAUGCGACGUACAGAAUGAACAGACCGGUCACUGGGCAGGCAAAGGUGUCUCCCGUUGCCUCUCCUUCCAUCCGAAAUGCAUCGUUUCAAUACAGAAAAUAAUGCAUUUACACACACACACACGCGCAAGCUGUUAACAAGCAAAUCUAUUUAUCUGUCUAUCUAGAUAUGGCUAUAGAUGGAUAGAGAGAUGUAUAGAUGGAUAUAUAGAUAGAGAUCUAUAUAUAUCUGAGUGCAGUUUGUACAUUUUGUGAAUUAGGGAAUUUUCUAUUUGAGUGCUCUGUGUGUAUGUAUAUGUAUGUGUGUGUGUGUGUAUAUAUAUAUAUAUAUAUAUAUAUAUAUAUAUAUAUAUAUAUAUAUAUAUAUAUAUAUAUAUAUAACUCAACAAAAAAAAAACAGGAAAUAAAGUAAAAAGUAGAAGUGUUGAGUUGGCAGGAUUUUUCCCGAGGGCUGGAUUGAACUCUGCAGCUCGGCUGCCAUGGAGUGGAAGAGGAUAUGAACCGGCUCUUUUAAACGAAGGAAAGAGCUGUGCUGUUGCCUGCAUGCUUUGAGAGAGCUUUGGUUUGAGGUCUGGGUUACAGAGCAGUUCGCAGUGUGUGUGUGUGUCCGUGUGUGUGUUUCUGUUACUGUGGUACGGCGCUGUGCGUCUGUCCUCAGCGUCGCAGUACCAGCAGCUCGACCCUGUGCCAAACCCAAGAGAAACUAAACGGGGCGGCUUUACCUAAAGGAAAAUGAGAUCGAGGAAUCGCCACUCGCGUUAGGAAAGAUCUUUCUGGGAUACAAGCUGAUUUUAUUUAUUUUCAUAUGUGGGUGAUUUUAAAAGGUUUUUUUUUUUCUCAUUGUGAUUCUUUUUUGCUUCAUUCAAUAAAAGGCGUUAUCUUCUC